AACUCACAGUGGACUGUUGUCACUCCAACACAGUCCUCCACACCCACAGCCAGUGUUAGGGUCAACACUUACAAGGUGGCAUUCUGCUUUACAGCACAGCCGAAAGAGCUUGUACUGCAGAGUCUGAAGACUUUUUUAAGCCUUUUUUUGAGAUAGCUUGUUUUGUCAGAGGCCUGACUAUUUGAUAUCUUCCAUAGCACGUGAAUGGAGAGGAAUAUUUAGUGUAUUUAUGGAGGAAUACUUUUUUCAUCUGUGAGAUCAUCUUUACCUCAGUUUUAAGGCUCCUUUCACUAAGUGUUUGACUUUUUACCUGUGGAUACUCAAGGAUGCAUUUUGCAAUGGCUGUGAGUCCUUUUGUAUUCAUGACUCUAUUUAUGUCAUCGGUCGAAACCAAGUUCUACAGACCGUUCCAGUUUAACCAGUAUAAAGCUGGGCUCAGUCCACACCAUGAGCAAGGGAAACCCACCAGCAGACACAAGAACCACUGUGCCUAUGUAGUUGAAAAGACAAUGUCCUACACCGUCCAGGAUGGAGCAGCCCCAUAUGUAAAAGCUGAGUACAACAAGUGUUCCUGGGGUCAGAAAUGUCCAACUCUCCUGUAUCGUCUGAUGUACAAACCACUCUACAAGGUGGCACAUAAAACUGUCACAGAGCUGGAGUGGCGUUGUUGUCCUGGGUUUUCUGGUUAUGGCUGUAUGGAGGGACAUCCAGUUUACCAACACCCCAUGAAAAUGAUGCCGCCUUUCAAAGGUCCACCAAUGAAAGGCCCACAGUUUAAGGGGCCACAGUUUAAGGGCCCACAGUACAAAGGUCCCAUGUUCAAGGGCCCUCCUGUUAACAUUGCUGUGAAGGCCAACCCAUGGAGUCAAUCCAAAGGACUUUCCACCGGUGGUUUUAAUUCUUACCCAAUGCACCACUUUGGGCCUCCAAGAUCCUCCUCCUACCCAGAGACUUCCUUCGAGACAUAUCCUUCUGAGCCAGAGCCAAUGCCAGAGCACCAGGAACCACAUCACACAGAGCAUGACCAAGAACAUGAGCAUGAACCUGAGCAUGGCCAAGGACCUGAGGAACAUAUCCCAGAGGAAAUCCCUACACCGCCUCCCUCUGGUGGUGAACAGCCUGAGGGCCGGCCACUAGACAGUGAGACAGAGGAACGAAUAUUUAGAAUGGAGGAGGAUGUACAACGUCUAAAUCAGGGUCUGGAGACCCUGAGGGGAACUGUGAAUGGACUGGAGGAUAGUCUACGAGCCUCACUGAGAGAAGAUGCCAAUAGGAUGCUGUCAGCUUUGCUCUCCGCUGGCCCUGGCCCUGUUCCUGCACCAGCUUUAGCCUCUAAUCCGUCCACCGUAGGGUUUGUAGAGAUUCCUGGGGGAGAUCCUGACACAGGGGAUCUAGAUGGCAGACAUGUGUUUCCAGGUCUUACAGAACUGAAUGGAAGGGUAGAGGAGCUCAGGACAGAGCUGCAAGCCAAGACAGCAGAGCUGCAGGAACUUAAAUCAACAGUGAUGGGACACGAUGGAGCACUGAAGAAGAUGUCGAAUAGACCGGAAGUGGUACCAGACUCCACUGAUAAUCUUGAGGUGAAAGCGAUUGAGAAGAUGAUGGAUGCCAAGCUGAGUGAAGCCAGGACCGAAAUCCUUGGUGGAUUUGAGAAACGUGUGGAGACUGCGGAGGGUCGAUGCGAGGAGAAAGCCGGGGAUGUUCAUCGUCAGUGCCAGAGGGAACAAGGUGAGCGGCAGGAGCAGAUGGAAGACAGUCUCAAGGAAAAAACCACGGACUUGAGAACAGAGCUGCGAAACCUCCAGGCACAGAUGCACGAGUUAAAGACUACAGAAAGCUGCUGUGGUAGAAUGAGUGGACUAGUGGAAAGGGUGCAACUGCUGGAGACAUCAGUCGCAGGCCUCAACCAGUCCCAGGGGCACCUGAGAGUGGAGCUGGGUGGACACAAGGACCACAUUGAGGGAAUACUGGAGGGGCGUCUGGGGUAUGUAGAGGCCAAGCUUAACCUGACUGGGCAGAUUAAAAAUGUUGAGUCUGGAAAGAGUCGUGCUAUUUCAGACAAAACUGAGAUAGGACAGGCACUGGAGGCCAAAAUGGAGGGUAAGUUGAGGGCCCUGGAAGGCCGAUUACUGACUGCUUUGGAGGAGCUGGGUAAUGCCACCGCCCCCGCAUUGCUGGAGGGUCAUGCUGUUCCCACUCUAGAGACAGAGCUGGAGUCCAUCCGAGAGAGACUGGAGGUGGAUGUGGACAGAGUGCAGAAACAGCUGAGCAACCUUGAGAUCCUCUGCUCCUCCUCCUGUUCCUCGCCCCAAAAACCACCAUCUCCCAUCCAGCAAGACUCUGCUGCACCAAGCACUAACGAGGCAAAGGAGCAGUAUGUGAAGGAGGUAAUGGACAUGCAAGAUGACCGUUUGAAUAGCCUCAAUGUCACACUGCAGAACAUCCUGAGGGGUCUCAAAGACCAGCAGGAACAAACAGAGGGAAAUUAUCCCAUCGAAGGGGAGCUCAGAAUACUCAAGUUCAAUGUCCGCUCAGUCAACCACACCCUGAGAGGUCUCCAGGAUUCCCUGGGGACAGUCGUCCACCAGGUGGGUCAAACCAACAGCUCCUGGCAUGAGAGAGAGGCUCGUCUGGCCCAGCAGAUAAAAGGUGUGGUUCAGCUAGUCGGACAUCAGGCUUCCAUGCUUGGGUCAGGCGAGCGCAGACUGACCCGACUUAAGGGUGAGCUGCAGGAAAUGAAGAGACGGCUAGCCCAGGAGGUCCAGGGCUGCCGGAGCACAGCUAUGGGGGUCAAGAAAGAGGUAACUGAGGUUAGAGGUCAUGUUGCCAGUGUGGAGGACCAGUGUAAGGGCCUGAAUUACUUGGCAGAAGAUCUGGAGAGAAUCAGGGAGGAGUUGGAGGGACAAUCAAGUGGGCUUCUCUUGCAAGUCAAUGGGACUCUCUCUAACCAUGCUCAGCAGCUGUCUGAGCUGAGAGGCGAACUCAGAAACUGCACCUCCAAGGCAGAGCCAACACAACAGAGUUUAAAGCUGGAGGCAAACCUGACACGAGGGGACAACUUUACUUUGAAUUAGAUCAAUUCAUGAUGGACAAUAGAUUUUAAAAAUGAAUGAAUAUUCUGCAGGUGUAGUGGGGGUCCACUAAAAACCCCAUGUUAUUGUUUGAAUUGUAAAAAUACAAAGGUUUUGAACCUGCACUGAAAUAAGGUCGGCUUUACAGUAUAAAAUGAAAACGGCAGCUAAUUGUGACUGCACUAACAACACAGAAUCUUGAAAUUGAAUCAUGAAGGUGUUAAGAUGAACUGUUUGUUAUAACGGACCAUUAUUUAGACCCUCUGUGAUUGAGGAUGUGAUGAUAAAACUGUACCUGUGUUACUGUACUGUUUAUGUAAAGCUUAUAUGAACAAUUUAACAAUGUUUACAAGUUUUUGUAUUGAUUUUUCUCAUGUCUAGACUAGAAGUAUACAAGAUAUGUUUUUAUAUGGUUUCCUUGAGCUUGUGGUUGUAAUAAUAAA